AUGCUGGCAAAUCCUCGGGGAAAUUUAACGAGUAGCAAGGAUGUUUUGAUGGCAACAAAAUCGCCAACAACAUCAACUGAACAAUUUCGAAACACAACGAGUAAUCAAACGGGUCAAACAAUUUCGCCAAAUUUUCUUUUUGGCUCGAAUAGGAAAACAAAAACCAAUGCAAUCAGCACUUCGGUUACAGGCACUCCUCAGCGCGGAGAAAAGCAAAAUUUACAAGGCAACGUGAAUAUAUUCUCACCUGCUGCAUCUCAAUUAAAUAGCCCUCCACUGCGUUCUCUAAGAGAAGAAGUAAAGUCUACGAAUGUUAUUCUGGCUGGUAUUAAUCAAACUACCUUUGAAACUGAUGAAGUUGUUCCGGUCGAGCAAAUGUUUGAUACGGCUGGUAAUUGGGUUACAAUUUUUGGUUUCCCUUCUGAAGAUGCAUCUGAUGUCCUCAAAUAUUUUGGUCGUCACGGCGCAAUUGUAUCUCACCGGUUUCCUAAGAAAGGCAACUGGGUGCACGUCCGUUAUGCGACUGCAGUGCAUGCUCAGCAAGCGUUGACAUACAAUGGGCGAAUUUUUGGUGGUAAGCUAAAGCUCGGUGUUGUUCCAACGGAUAGUAAAGUUUGCUUUUUUUUAUAUCUGGAAUCUUCCGUACAUUUUUCAACAGCCAUCUGCAAUUCAAAUGAUGAAAAUCGCUUACCUACGUCUAGUAUUAUUAUGGAAGAUUCAUUCUGUGGACUUGCACCAGCAACUGCAGUAAAUGCUUCGAAGAAUUCAAUCGACUGUGAUAAUAAAGAAAUAAAUAGAACAUCUCGUUCUGGAAUACGUUCUUUACGUGCUGCUUAUAAUAUCGCAGAUAACGAAUAUCGUAUAAACAACAUUAUUCAACCUCAGAAAACUCAAGGAUUCAUGGACAAAAUUUGGAGCUUUAUUUCCUAUUAA